AUGAAUUCUAAUCUUGAAUCAUUCGCAUGUUUAUGGCUCGAUCGGAAUGUUAAUUCAACAGAGGAUAAUAUAAAAACUCAAAAAGAACUUCGUCGAAUGAUCAAUCAUCUUCGAAUAUUCGAUAAUAUUGAUAAAUGUGAAGAAUACAUUCGACAGAUUACACAAGAAAAAGUUAUUCUUAUUGUAUCAGGUUCAUUAGGUCGAGAUUUUGUACCUCGACUUCAUGAUCUUCCACAAUUAACUGCAUGCUAUGUUUUUUGUCAAGAUCAAAAAACUAAUGAACAAUGGGCUAAUAAAUAUCAUAAGGUCAAUGGUGUUUUUAUUAAUUAUGAUAAACUUAUUGCAAAAAUAUCUGAAGAUCAAAUUGGUCGUAAAAACCUAGUAGAUGGAACUUCAAUAUCAGUAAUUAGUUCUGGUUCUCAAUCUCUUGAAGUUCGUAAUGCUAUGUUUAUGUGGUUUCAAUUAUUUAUAGAAGUUCUUCUUCGUAUGCAUCAUAAAUCAAAUGAUCGUAAAGAAUUUUUAGAUAUUUGUAAGAAUAAUUAUAAUGAUAAUGAAGAAGAGAUGGAAAUGAUUAAUGAAUUUGAAAAGAGUUAUAAACCAGAAAAUGCUAUACGGUGGUAUACACGUGAAUCAUGUUUUUAUCGAAUAAUGAAUAAAGCAUUACGUGUACAAGAUUUUGAUUUAUUAUUUUCUCUUCGAUUCUUUAUAACUGAUAUUGCUAAACAAAUCAAAAUUGAAAAUGAAAAAUUCAUUCGUACGACUGAUAGUCGAAAUAUUUUUCGUGUUUAUCGUGGUCAACUAAUUGGAAAUAAUGAACUUGAAUUAAUGAAGAAUAAUAUUGGUCAAUUUCUUUCAAUGAAUUCAUUUUUAUCAACAACUCGUUCUCGAUCAACUGCUCUGCAAUUCGUUCUACUUAAUCAAAAAACUGAUGAUGUUCAAAAACUGAUUUUCGAAAUAGAAAUUAAUCCACGUUUAAAAACAAAAGCUUUUGCUGAUAUUACUCAAAUGAGUUUUUUUCAAAAAGAAGAUGAAAUAUUGAUUAUGCUUGGUGCUUUAUUUCGAAUUGAACAAAUAUAUGAAAAUGACAAGGAAGGAAUAUGGAUAGCUCGUGUAUCAUUAGCAAGUGAAGAUGAUUAUCAGUUAAAAGAAAUAUUUUCUUACAUGAAAAAUAGAAUUGAUGAUGAUAC